GCUAGGAGGCCGCGCCGGGACGGGAUCCGGGAUCCGGGCCUGGGCAGCGGGCGGGAACCGGGCGGGGGCGCACCGGCCGCGCUGCGGGCCGAGGGGGAGACGAGGCAAUGGCGGUGCAGGCGGCGCUCCUCAGCACGCACCCCUUCGUCCCCUUCGGCUUCGGGGGCUCCCCGGACGGGCUGGGGGGCGCCUUCGGAGCCUUGGACAAGGGCUGCUGUUUCGAGGACGAUGAGCCCGGGAUGCCGGCGGGCGCACUGCUGGCGGGCACCGAGGGCGGGGACGCGCGCGAGGCCACCCGCGACCUGCUCAGCUUCAUCGACUCGGCGUCCAGCAACAUCAAGCUGGCCCUGGACAAGCCGAGCAAGUCCAAGCGGAAGGUGAACCACCGCAAGUACCUGCAGAAGCAGAUCAAGCGCUGCAGCGGCCUGAUGGGCGCCGCGCCCGCCGGCCCGCCCUCCCCGGGCGCCGCCGACACUCCGGCCAAGCGGGCGCUCGGCACCCCCGGCGCGCAGACGGCCGCGCGGGCUCUGGGGGUGCGGGAGGAGAUGCUCCCGGCCCUGCGGGGCACGGCGGCCCCCGGCGCCCGGAAGGUGCCGCUGCGUGCACGCAACCUGCCCCCGUCCUUCUUCACCGAGCCGUCCCGGGCGAGCGGCGGUGGGUGCGGCCCGUCGGGGUGCAGCGUGAACCUGUGCGACCUGGAGAAGGGCCCCGAGACCCUGGAGUUCCUCGAGCUGCUGGGGCCCGACUACGGCGCCGGCUCCGAGGCGGGCGUCUUGCUCCCCGCGGAGCCUCUGGAUGUGUUCCCCACCGGCGCCACGGUCCUGCGGGGACCCCCCGAGCUGGAGCCCGGCCUCUUCGAGCCGCCGCCGGCGAUGGGGGGAAGCCUGCCGUACCCCGAGCCCUGGAGCGCCCCGGCCUGUCCCGCGACCAAGAAGCCAUCCCUGGCGCCCCCCCGCGGCGGCUCGACCUUGACCGAGCCCUUGCGCCUCCUGUACCCCGCCGCGGUGAACUCCCCCGGCGGGGAGGAUGGGCCGGGCCCCUUGGCCUCUUUCGGCCCCUUCUUCUCGGACUGCGUCCUGCCCCAGCCGCCGCCGCCGCCGCAGCCCCGCCAGGUGGCCUACGAUGUGUGCGCGGGCUACGGGCGCACCGCGUACUCCAGCCUUUGGAGACCCGACGGGCUUUGGGAAGGGGACCCCGGGGAGGAGGGAGCGCCCCGGGACUGAUGCGAGGUACCCGCCCUCCCGUGAGAGACUGCUGUGGACUCCAGGUCUCUCCCAAGACGAAAGAACGGUUGGAAAAUGCACGUGGAGAUGAAACGGGAUUAAAAGUUUCAUUUAAUAAAAGAAACACGAAAAAGA